AUGUCUGGCAACAAUCCCGGCUUUCAGUCGCUGAGUGGACAGAUGGAGACGACAGAGCCUGUGGGCGGUGGUCAGAAGUCGGGUAGUGGUGGUGUCGCACCGACAGAGGGUGCGACGGUGACAGGCGACAACUCGGGUUCGAAGAGAAGUGAGGUUGGGCAGAAACAGACGUCUGCAUCUUCUACGCCCACGACGGCCACGGCACCACCUCUACGGAAACAGCGAUCGAGUAAUCUUCAACCGACUAGUGCUUCCCCGUCGGCCGGCUCGAGUCCACAUACUUCUCGCAAUACUUCUCCGCAGCGCAAGGACAGCAGACCCGCGCCUUUGACCACGCCAAUCUCAACACAGCCGUCUGCAGCAGCGAUACAGCGAGCACUAUCUGCGGCAAAUGUGCCGCAACUACAAUCGACGGGAUCAGUGACUGAGGCGGUCUCGCGACUGCCACGCACAGCGAAGAGUGUGGGACCUGGAUCAGGUGAGACAACACCUCAAUGGCCUGUAUCGCCUCGCCUCAAGUCACCACCUCCAUCUGCUGUCAGCUCGAGAAGAGGAUCCGCCGCACCGCAGAAGAAGGCAGAGACCGCUGCACCGAGUAUUAGUGUGCAAGGUCCGGCGUCACAGACUGCCACUCCGCCACCGAGAGCAAAUAGCGAGGAGUCACGAAAAUCUGAGCAGCAAUUACAGACACCUGCCAAAGUGCCGUCUAGAGGACCGAGUGGCAAAUCGACCCUGGAGACUGUGCAGGAGAAUAGCUCGGACUCGAUUGCUGAACCGCCAGCUGCUAUUCAAGCUGCCGCAGAUCUCAAGCCUUUGACCAAGAUCGCCGAGGAAGGACCUUCUUCAGCCAAGAAGGACGGACCAGAAAGCGAGAAGCAUACUCAGCACGGUGAGAGUGGUAGUGAAAGUGCCGGCAGCAAGAUAGAUCGGCAACGUGGAAGGCGACAAUCACUCACACAAGCGCAAAAGACUGGUUCGCGACCUUCCAACCCGUCAAAGAGCAGCUUUACGCCACUGCAAUCUGCGAAAGCACGACAGGCGGAAGGUAAGCAGAACAUGACUGUCGAAACGGAGACAGUGCAGUCCAUCCCACAAUCUGGACUCAACGCUGGCGACCGGGCAGGCAGUGGUCGUGUUGACCCGAGCGGAAGUAUAAGGUUGAAGCCAAGCAUGGAGACGAUCCGACCGAAGAAGGAGCGCAAAAGGCCUUCUCAGAAGGCAAGAAGUAUCAAUCAGGGUACCGGUACGUCUUCAACUCUUAGAUCUCCUCUGCUUUCCUACCGUACGUCAUAUGAGAGUUGUGGGAGUACGGCUGUACCGUCUUCGUCGCACUCUUCGGGUGGCGAGAAAUCACCAGAUGUGACGCGCAAACAGUCUCUCGCUGGUCCGUGGCAGAGGGCGUUUUCUUUUAGUAAAGCAUCUGAUAUCCAAACACGAUCUGACAAGCAUCUGCGUAAAGCUUCCUCGAAAGCCGACAUCUUCGAGCAGCGUGUCGCCAGCGCUGUUGAGCAGGAGAACACUUCUGACUCCGACGAAACCUUCGUGUACGAGUCGAAUCCGCCCGAACCACAGCCACGACCGCGGCACCAUUCGAGGACGCCAAGCGUGACUUCGGCGCAUAGUACGGCGGAUCAGCAGCGUGGUGGUGUGCGCAGUUUUGGCGAGAUGAUGGAUGAGCAGCGACGGGUCAAUGGCAAGCGAAGUAUGAAAUUCUCCAACAAUCCUUACAAUGACCUCGACAGUCCAGACAGUAGGAAUGGCACCGUACGGUCACACCACGCACGACACUUUGGCAAGUUCGGUAGAGGCGGCAGCCAGGCGUCAAUGUAUGAUCCGGAUUCUCCUUUCACCCAGGCGUCUAAGUUACGCACUGGACAUUUGAACAUGCGACAGUCAAGGCCAAAUUCGCCUCGCAGUCCACAGAGUCUGCAGCAGCGCGAUCUCGGACAACAACGACCAUCGGCACUUUUCAAUGGGCAUAAAGCAGAACACUCUUUCGACUUUGACGGCGAAGGCGCGGACGACGAGCGCACGCCUCUGGUCGGCACUGUUCGCGCAACUAGGAAUCGCGGACAUGCCAGGAACCUCAGCGACAGCGUUCGCUCGAUAGACGAAUACUAUAGCAUUCGCAGUCAACGCUCAUGGUGCGGCCGGCUGGGCGGCUGCGUCAUCGGGAUAUGUGUCUUCCUGGCUGUGAUACUGAGCGCCGUGGCGUUCUUGAUAAUGUCUAAUCGACCAUUGUACGAAGUCCAGAUCCGGAAGAUCCAAAAUGUCCUGGCAAGCGAGCAGGAAAUCAUGCUGGAUUUGCUGGUGGAGGCGAUUAAUCCGAAUGCGCUCAGUAUCACUGUCGCGGACAUGGAUCUCAAUGUUUUCGCCAAGAGCAAGUACGUGGGCAGCAAUUCAGACUACCUCACGAGCAGCGUCUCGCGACCCACGACCGCAAGACGGAAACGGCCUAGCAGAAGUAGUGAGGAUGUACAAGGCAGUCCAGCAAAAGCCGGCAAUCCUAACCCCUGGCAAGAUCUCACAGGCCACUGGCACGCCCCCUCCUCCUCCUCUUCCAGCAACGGUGGCGGUGUAGACCACGGCACCGACCCGGACCCGGACUUCGAAAAAGACGCCCAGACCAUGCUCCUCGGCCGCAUCUUCCACUUCGACCAAGCCCUCGCCUUCGAAGGCUCGCCCAUAAAACGCCAUCAACAUUUCUCCGUCGGCGAAUUAAGGUUACAGCGGCCGGGGAAUAAAACUGAAGUCGGGGGCACGGAGAGGUGGGAGAAUGUGCUGAAGCAUCCUUUUGAGUUGAUCGUUAGGGGGGUGUUGAAGUAUCAGUUGCCGGUUAGUAUGAGGGUGUUGGGGGUUAGUGUGACGGGGAGUGUGGUUGUGCAUCCCGAGGACGGGGUUGAUGAGGGCGGGGCUAUGAGGUUGGAGCCAAUCAAACAUGAGGAUGGGUGGGAGUGGGUUGAUUUGGGAGAAGGGGAGGAUGACGAGCCUUUGAUGAUGGAGAUUGAGGCCUAA